AUGGCCAAACUCAACGAGCAGCCUCCCGCGCCGCCAGCCGAAAGUUUUGAUGCCUUAAAGCGCCGCUUCAUCCGCCAGAACCGCGAGAUCGCCCGGGUCAACUCAACCCAGUCGCAGCGUAUUCGUAACCUCGAAACCGAAAUCUCUCGCCUCGUCGCCGACAAUAUAUCCCUGCGCGAACAAGCAAUUGCCGCUCAGGCGGAGGCGGAGAGAUGGCGCGCCGCAAGCAGCAUCAACAACGAGAUUUUCGACCUCAGGGACCGAUUGCAGAAAAAGAUGGAGGAAGUGGGCGAAUUGGUCGGAGAGAUGGGCCGAAUACCUGAGAAAGUGGCACGGAAAGGGCGACGAAAGAGCCGCCUUACCAACGUCGGGCAGAGAUUGAGUUCAGCUACGGAGGAAGAAUGGAGGAAUCGGCUGUCGAUGAGGGAGGCGACCGCGGCAGAGGGAGAGCUGAAUGACGGAAGAUUACCCGCCAUUCGUGAAGACAAGCUCUACCCCAGGCGAACACUGGAGAAUGCCGAAUUGUCUGUACUACGCGAGGAGGCGGCAAUGCAACAGGCCUCAGAGUCGCCGGAGUUAGGGCCCCCGCCGGAAGUACACUUCGACGUCAACGAGCCGAUUGGCAUGGACCUGGCGAGGACGUCGGAGCUCGAGACUGGCGGCGAAGACGCUAUGCAAUUGCCGUCAAUGCUAGAGAGAAGACGGAAACGUCGGACCAGUGCCUUACUGCAGACGAUGCCGCCGGAAGAGCCUGCCCAUGAAGCAUCCGAAGAGCCACCUCAACCCCAAGAUCUACCCGUGCCCAAGCUGGGCCAACAGCCCCUGAAAUCCGGUGCUAAACGGAAGCUUGAUGCGUCAGAACUCGACGGACCAGUUAUACAGCAGCCUCAGAGUGAGGAUGACGACUUUAUCUUUCAACGGCGGCAGGAGAUAUGCAACUCGGCCGCUACCGGCACGAAGAAAGGGUCCAGGUUCACGAGGCCACCUGGCAGGGAGAACGCCACAGGUGUACGGACAGAAACUCAAUCUCCACAGAAGGCCACAAUCGCAACUAGAAGGAUCCUUGCACCCAAGAGCACCAACUCUCCCACGAAGAGGAGAAUACAUGUCUCCGAGAAGCCCAAAGACGGCCGAGAGGAGGAAGCAAAGCAAGACGCGAUCAGGCCGGUUCGCCGGACCAAUCCUCCGCCACAAAUCAACACGGAAAGCCUUGCCAAGUCCGCAGACGACAGAGAUGGCGGAGAGAAGGAUCUUCUGCCAAAGACGCCAGCUGGAGACGUCGAAGGUAUACUGUCGCCCUUGUCCACAGAGCCUUCUGCUCGAAAUCCGCCUCGACCCAAGGAAACAGCAGUCUUGAGUUCGGUCGAGGAUGUCCUCAACGGAAGCGUUGGCCGGGGGUCUCGCCGAGCACGAGCUGCGGUAAGCUAUGCGGAGCCUAACCUGAGAGAUAAGAUGAGAAGGCCUGGCAAAGAACUUGUAGGUGCUGUGGAAGGAUUGGAGCGAAACAAGGAGAGCACUGCGGGCUCCAGGGGAGCAAGUGUUGAUCGGAGCAAGUCUGAGGAUCCCAAGGUCAAUGAAGAUCAAUGCAAGGUGAUCAAUAUCAAGCAGGAGAAAGAGGCCGACGCAGAAAGCCGGUGGAAGGAUCUUCCCUUGCGCAACAACGACGACCCGGCCAGUCCGCUAAGGGAUAAGGAGAGGAAAGAGCGAACAAACAAUGACAGCAAGAAACAUGCUGAGGCACACAACGUUGCAGAAGCCCUGGUCAAAGCCACCGACCGGCUGAGUAUAUUCGACCCGCCAGUAUCCUCGCCUAUGGAAGCUGUUGAAGAAGCGGACACCGAUCGAAGCGGCCAUCCACGACCAUCGACAGCAAGACAGAAACCCUCCGCGAACAGCUUGACCACCCGGAGGCAUUCGGUGCAGCCAUCCUCUUCCGCCUGCUCAGCCGCCGAUACGGAUUCUCGUCACGGUCCUGGCCCAGAAGGGAGACACUCCACCGCGCGAGUUGCCCCUGCACGCCCAGGUUCUGCGGCCAGUACGCGUAGUGAGCAAAUGGCCAGCAUUGCGAGGGACAUCAAGCGCUCAAACAGCGUCAACUUGAACCUGAAAGCGAGCGAGACAUCAUCCGGCGGUGAUGCUGGUUCCGCUUUGAGUUCGAGAGCGGAAAGGACGUUGAAUCGUCGGCGGAGCAUGAUGGUCUAG